AUGGCGCCCAACCUCCCAAAGACCUACAAGGCCGUCGUCCUCACCGAGCCAAACUCCCCCUUCACCAUCCAAGACGUGCCCCUGAAGCACCCCGAGGCCGGCCAGGUCCUCGUCAAGGUCAUCGCCUGCGGCGUGUGCUGGUCCGACAUGGAGGUCGCAAAGGGCAACUUUGGCAACGUCUACCCGCGCACACCCGGCCACGAGAUCGUGGGCGACGUCGUCGAGCUGGGGCCCGGCGUCAAGAACCUGUCCGUGGGCCAGCGCGUGGGCGGGCCCUGGCACGGCGGCCACGACGGCGUCUGCAGGGAGUGCCAGCGCGGCGACUUCCAGUACUGCAAGAACGAGGCCGUCAACGGCGUCUCGCAGGACGGCGGCUUCGCCGAGUACGUGCUGCUGCGGGUCGAGGCCGUCGUGCGCAUCCCCCGCGAGAUGGACCCCGCCGAGGCCGCGCCCCUCCUGUGCGCCGGCGUCACCGUCUUCAACGGCAUCCGCAAGCAAAAGGUCGAGCAGGGCCGCCUCGUCGCCGUCCAGGGCCUCGGCGGCCUCGGCCACCUCGCCAUCCAGUUCGCCGGCAAGAUGGGCUACGAGGUCGCCGCCCUCUCCCACGGCGCCGACAAGGAGCCCUUUGCGCGGCAGCUCGGCGCCCACCACUUCAUCGACACCUCCGCUGCCGAUGCUGCUGCUGAGCUGGCCAAGCUGGGCGGCGCUUCCCUCAUCGUCCAGACGGCCCCCAACCCAAAGGUCGUCGGCGCCCUGGCUGACGGGCUCGCGCCCAACGGCAAGAUCCUCAGUCUCGCGCCCGUCGGCUCUGUCGACGUCAACACCGUCACCCUCAUCAUGAAGGGCGCCAGCGUGCAAGGCUGGGCGAGCGGGCAUGCGCUCGACAGCGAGGAGGCCAUUCAGUUCGCCAUGACGCACGGUGUCAAGUGCAUGAUUGAGAGGUACCCGUUUACUGAGGUACAAAAGGCCAUCGACAGCCUCGAGGCCGGCAAGCCGCGGUUCAGGAACGUCUUGACGAUGCAGUGA